GUCGAUGACUCACUUAUCUCAACUCUCAUAUUGUUCGCAAUGCAAUUGCAAAAGCAGCAGCAAAAGUGAAAAAACGAAUGGUGAAAGUAAAACUGUAAAACCCCUCUAAAACCUCUCAACUUUAUCCACUGAAGGGUCGCUCUGCAGGGAUCAAAAAAUGGCGUUGCUCCUCCCAAUCCCCGCCCUAAACUCUAGCUCGGCAAUUCGAGGGCUGAGGGUGCCGCCGUGUCCCGGGGCCAACUUUUGUUGCAGAGUCGGACUCGGAAGAAGAGGACUGGUUUGCUGGGUGCCCAACGCUGUCUACACCGCCCAGACUCACACCCACACCCAAAGCACGGAACAGCAGUGGAAACCUAAAUCGGGGAAGAGAGAGGAUUCGGCAGAGGGCGACGACAUAUCCAUUCUGAACGAGAGGAUUCGGCGGGAGCAAAGCAAGAGAGAGGGCUCGGGAACGAGAACGGUGAUGGAAUCGGAGGAGGCGGAUAAGUACAUAGAGAUGGUGAAGCAGCAGCAGCAGAGGGGCCUCGAGAAGCUCCGAGGCGAUGUUGGUUACAAGGUGGACCCCUACACUCUUCGUUCUGGGGACUACGUCGUCCAUAAGAAGGUCGGCAUUGGUCGAUUCGUUGGGAUUAAGUUAGACAGUACUAGUCCCAAUUUCAAUUCCGCUUCCAAGACUGACUCCAUUGAAUACGUCUUCAUCGAGUAUGCCGAUGGCAUGGCUAAGCUUCCUGUCAAGCAGGCCUCUCGCUUGCUCUAUCGUUAUAAUCUGCCGAACGAAACGAAAAGGCCUCGCACGUUGAGCAAAUUGAGUGACACCAGUGUCUGGGAGAAAAGAAAGACCAAAGGAAAGAUUGCCAUUCAGAAAAUGGUUGUUGAUUUGAUGGAGCUGUAUCUUCACAGACUCAAACAAAGACGCCCUCCCUACCCACUCACUUCUGCCAUGACUCACUUUGUUUCUCAGUUUCCUUAUCAACCCACCCCUGAUCAACAGCAGGCUUUCAUUGAUGUUCACAAAGAUCUAACCGCCAGAGAAACCCCAAUGGACCGCUUAAUUUGUGGAGAUGUUGGCUUUGGCAAAACCGAAGUUGCCCUGCGUGCCAUCUUCUGUGUAGUUUCUGCAGGGAAGCAAGCUAUGGUUCUCGCACCCACUAUUGUUUUGGCCAAGCAACAUUUUGAUGUUAUUGCAGACCGGUUUUCUAUCUACCCCGACGUCAAGGUUGGACUUCUCAGCAGGUUUCAGACCAAAGCAGAAAAGGAGGGGCAUUUGGACAUGAUUAAAAAGGGGCAAUUGGACAUAAUUGUUGGGACUCACUCGCUUCUUGGAAGUCGUGUUGUGUAUAGUAAUCUGGGUUUGUUAGUGGUUGAUGAAGAACAGAGGUUUGGCGUCAAACAAAAGGAGAAGAUUGCUUCUUUCAAAACAUCGGUUGAUGUUCUUACUCUUUCUGCAACACCUAUACCACGAACCCUGUAUUUAGCCUUGACUGGGUUCCGUGAUGUUAGUUUGAUUUCAACUCCACCACCAGAAAGGGUCCCUAUCAAAUCCCAUCUUUCUGCAUACAGUAAAGAAAAGGUUUUAUCAGCAAUUAAGCAUGAGCUGGACAGAGGAGGCCAAGUGUUUUAUGUAUUGCCUCGCAUUAAAGGACUUGAAGAAGUGAUGGACUUUCUUGAACAGUCAUUUCCUAAUGUUGAAAUAGCUAUUGCACAUGGGAAGCAAUAUUCAAAGCAGCUGGAGGAAACCAUGGAGAAUUUUGCACAAGGUGAAAUCAAGAUUCUUAUAUGCACUAAUAUAGUAGAAAGUGGGCUUGACAUUCAGAAUGCAAACACCAUCAUAAUUCAGGAUGUUCAACAAUUUGGCUUAGCGCAGUUGUACCAGUUGCGGGGAAGGGUAGGCCGGGCAGAUAAGGAAGCUCAUGCAUACUUGUUCUAUCCAGAGAAGUCACUGCUAACUGAUCAAGCGCUGGAGCGACUUGCAGCUCUUGAGGAAUGCUGUGAACUUGGGCAAGGUUUCCAACUUGCAGAGAAGGACAUGGGAAUCAGAGGCUUUGGUACCAUAUUUGGUGAGCAACAAACAGGGGAUGUUGGAAAUGUUGGCAUUGAUCUCUUCUUUGAAAUGCUCUUUGAGAGCCUAUCCAAGGUUGAUGAACACCGUGUAGUUUCAGUUCCUUACUGGUCCGUUGAGAUUGAUUUAAAUUUAAAUCCUCAUCUCCCCUCUGAAUACAUAAAUUAUCUGGAGAAUCCCAUGGAGAUAAUUCAUGAAGCCGAGAUAGCUGCUGAGAAAGAUAUCUGGAGUUUGAUGCAUUAUGCUGAGAAUUUACGCAGGCAAUAUGGAAAGGAGCCACACUCCAUGGAGAUUCUUUUAAAGAAGCUUUAUGUGAGGAGGAUGGCAGCAGAUCUUGGAAUAAGCAAGAUAUAUGCCUCAGGAAAGAUGGUUUUUAUGAAAACAAGUAUGAAGAAAAAGGUCUUCAAGCUGAUUACCGAAUCAAUGGUCUCUGAUGUCUACCGAAACUCUCUGGUUUUUGAGGGUGACCAGAUCAAGGCGGAACUUCUUCUAGAGCUACCGAGGGAACAGCUGUUGAAUUGGAUCUUUCAAUGUUUGGCUGAACUGCAUGCUUCCUUACCUGCUCUCAUAAAGUAUUAGGUGUCUUAGGGCACUGACAGGAAUUCAAUUUUUUUUUAAAGACGGACUAGUACUACACUAGUACACGAUGGAGUGGAUUUGUUAACCCUUUUGCCGUACUUGGAAGCCUUGAGCAUUAGCAUAUUGAUUGGGUCGUAAAAAGAGAGAGCCAAAUAUAUCUGCCUGAAUUUGUUGUAAAGCCAAGAUGCCGUAUACCUGCGUGAGUCACUUGGUUACUUGUGAAUUAGGUAAGCAAGACAAGUGGAGGGAGAUACAUCAUACAUGCAUAGAUGCAUACAUACAAACAGGUGUGUGUGGGGCAGCGAAAUACGCACUCUUCUUGUCAUGCAUGCAUCCGCAUACGCCAUACACAUAUGCAUACGACGACGAUAAUCCUAUUUGUAUUUGUAUACGGAAGGAAGGAUCAGUCAUUCCGUUGGUAGGGUAUAUGCAUAGUUAGAUACUAAUUUAAAUGCUCAUCUGUAAUUCUGUAAAGUGGAGUAGUUCUGCACUUGCUAUUACUAGUAGAGAUAGAGAAGAGAAAUCAUUUCAAAUGGUGGAGGUGCUCUCUAGUCUCUAAUUACUCUUGUUUCUCUUCCUUGCUGUUGCUAAUUUGCUACUUUGGUUUGGUAUUUGCCAUUUGGUUGGUGGUUGCGGUGCGCCGUUGACUGACGGGUAUAAAAUCGACAGGUGAAGCCACGUAUGCAGAUAAAUUACAGAAUGUGGUCGUCCACUAAGUCACAAAUUAAUUUUGUGGCUUUUGUAUUCUUUUACAGGAAAUGUUUUUUUUUUAUUUUCUGAUUCGAUUCUAUCAUUUAAUUAUCUAUUUAUUUAUUGAA